CAUAUGCUAACCCUUCUUAGCAUGUUUUACUAUAUCUGUCUACGGCGCCGCUCCAGGAGUGGAACUCGAGGGGAGGCGCUGGGCAGCCGGAGGGCGGUGGAGCUCGGCCAACGCUCGGCGCUCCCUGUCACCGUGGAGGUGGAGCAGUACGCCAAGGAAGUCCUCGACUUCAGCUCCCACUACGGCAGCGAGAACAGCAUGUCCUAUACCAUGUGGAACUUGGCCGGCGCCCCCAACGUCUACCCCAGCUCGGGCGACUUCACCCAGACGGCCGUGUUCCGGACCUACGGCCCGUGGUGGGAGCAGUGUUCCAGCGCUCCCCAGCCGUUCCGACGGACGCCCCAGAACUUCCACAGCCAGGACUACAUGGAACUGGCUUUCGAGGAACCUGUUUAUCCUACGGCCAUAGACGUGCUGGAGACCUACCACCCAGGAGCCAUAGUUCAGAUCUUAGCCUGUUCUCUCAAUCCGUUCUCUCAGAACCCACCUGCUGAUGUCAGGUGGGAGGUGCUGUGGGCAGGAGAGCCCAGUAAAGCCAUGACCCCCCAGGCCCGUCAGUUCUCCCCCAGUAUAAAACAGAUCAGCUUCGCCACCAACCUGCUGCGGCUGGAGGUCAACAGCUCUGUGCUGGACUACUACACGGAGCUGGACGCCGUCAUCCUGCACGGCGUGCGAGAGCGGCCCAUCCUAGCCCUCUAUAAGAUGCCCAUCAUCGACAUCAGCGACCUGAGCGAUAGCGACGAGGAACUCGCCGACCCCGGCCUCUGCUGCCGGCACGCCGGAGACGGAAAACACAACCACGGCAACGGAUACUUCGACAAGCUCCCAUACGAGUUGAUCCAGUUGAUCGUGAGUCACCUGACCGUACCGGACCUUUGCCGUUUGGCCCAGAGCUGUAAGCUCCUGCACCAGCAUUGCUGUGACCCACUCCAGUACAUCCAGCUGAGCUUGCAGCCUUACUGGCCUCGUCUGAGUGACGCCUCCCUCAGCCAUUUACAGAGCCGCUGCACCCUCCUCCAAAGACUCAACAUGUCCUGGACGGGCAACCGUGGGGCUGUGACGCCCACAGGCUUCAGCAGCUUUAUGAAGGCGUGCGGAGGGAACCUGGUGUGUCUGGAGCUGUCGUGUUGUCACUUCCUGAGCGAGGCGUGUUUGGAGGUGAUCGCUCAAACGUGUCCCCGACUGCAGGAGCUCAACCUGUCCUCGUGCGACCGCCUCCACCCGCAGGCCUUCGGCCACGUGGCCAAACUCCCCCGCCUGCGCCGCCUGAUUCUCUACCGCACCAAGAUCGAGCAAACAGCCAUAUUAAGCAUUAUAACCUUCUGCACAGACCUGAGGCAUCUCAACCUGGGCAGCUGUGUUAUGAUCGAGGACUACGACGUGGUAGCGAGCAUGCUUAGCGCACGAUGUCGGUCGCUGCGUUCUCUGGACCUGUGGCGUUGUAGAAACCUCAGCGAGCGUGGCUUGGCGGAGUUGGUGGCUGGAUGCAGACUCCUUGAGGAGCUGGAUCUGGGCUGGUGCUCCACCCUGCAGAGCAGUUCCGGAUGUUUCCAGCUGCUGGCGCGCAGUCUGCCGCGACUGCGCAAGCUCUUCCUCACCGCCAACCGGACCGUCUGCGACUCUGACAUCGAGGAGCUGGCCAACAACUGCCCUGCACUGCAGCAUCUCGACAUACUGGGAACGAGAAUGGUGAGCUCCUCAUCCCUCCGGAAACUUCUACAGUCGUGCUCUCAGUUGCUUCUGCUGGACGUCUCCUUCUGUUCACAGAUCGAUUCCCGCGUGGUACAGGAGCUCAAUAGCCUCUUCCCCAAAGUGGCGAUUAAAAAGAGUUUCACCCAAUGA